AAGUGUCCAACCGUUGGCACUUGGCGGUCAAUGAGUCAAAAGCACCCUCGCUUUUGUAGUUUGGUGCCGCUGUCUGGGAAGUUUGCGUUUGCUGGCCAUGGAGAAGCAGAACUCUUCUAGUUCUCAGUUUCUUUCCACCAAUAAUCUCUUCCAAAUGCCAAUUAUCUUUCUUCUCGCACAACAAUCCAAACACAUACCGGGAAAAGUUUAAAUUUUAUAAAAUACGAGUUGAACCAAACGAAAUUGGGUUUGAGGACUUGAGGUUUGAUCGGUAGGAGAAAGAAGCAAAUUCAAGUAGUAGGCUUAAUCAAUCAAUCAAUCAAGCAGUUUCGCCAUUGUUAGAAGCUUAAAAAUCUUUAUCUCCUCUCUCACUUUCUUUCGUGAAAGGCAUGAAGUGUUCUGACAUUUGGAGACCAUUUUGCAGUGCCAAGACAAAGUGAAGCAUUUGUUUAGUGCUGUUGCAAAUUGCUGUGAUACUGAUUUGUCUAAGCAUCCCCAAGGUCUACAAAAUCCUGAACCUCUUGCAAGGGAGACAGUAAGUUUCUUUGGUUGCAUCUUAGCUCGUGACUUACUCAGUUACGUCACUCCAUAGCGUUUCUCAACCAACGCUCCCCUCUGCUGCUCCACUUGCAGGGAGAGAAAAGCUUAUUGCCCAGAAACCCAUUGACUCACUGAUCAACUAUGGACAAUGUAUCUUCCAGCACAUUUGUACCAACAGAAGAUCAGAUCUUUCUUCUAUACUUGAUCAUGGGUAUCUACUUUGGGCCUGAUCUCAAGGAUGAAAGGCCUAAGAAGUCUGCUCUGCGAAGGAUUGCUGAAGGCCUUCAGCUUUAUUCUUCUGAUCAACUUGCUGGCACGUGCUUCAGGACUGCUGAAUUGGAGAGACUCUAUUACUAUGUACUUAGAAAGGCAAACCAAUCUGCUAUUCUGCCACUACCUUUAUUUUACCAGUUCUUCAGUGGACUUCUCCCUAAUCCUGUGCAAGGCUCUGUUGCAACUUAUCGCCAACUGAAUGAUCUUUUUCCACCUCACUUACAUCCCCUACGUCUACGUAAUGGGCAUAAUGUUAUUGAAAACAUUGCAUUCGUCAAUGACCCUGAUGUGAACUACAUUAGUGCUGGGUACUUGGAAAAGUUCAAAAAGCUUACCGGUCUCCAACAUUUGCUCUUGGAUGGAUACCGUGAGGGGUCGCUUCCAUUUCCUGCUGGUGAGACACGUGAUCAUAAUGGAUUGACUAGAGGUGAUAGUAAUGUGCAACUUGAUAGAGCUUUGGUUGUUCACUUAAACAGUAAUCCUUUAACAUGCACUUUUCCCGCUCCAUCACCAUCAAACACCAAUUCUGAGAACUUGGACCAUGCUAUGCUUGUCCUUCCAACUCCCCCUUCUAAUGAAGAGUGGAGAGACAUUGUUGCUUCCACCAGAGGGGGGUACUCGAUAACGGGAAGUGCAGCAAAUGGGCAAACAGGGCCGGUUUUAGGACGCGUAGAUAUUGGAGAAUCAGAGGACGCUUACAUAUUCCGUGUAUCACUUCCCGGAGUAAAAAGAGAUGAAAGUGAAUUUAGCUGUGAAGUUGAGGACGAUGGCACGGUGAUAAUAAACGGAGUGACAACCAACGGUGAAAGAAUUGUUCAAAAGCGCUCUCAAGUAUUUGAGAUGCAAUCUCAAAACCUUUGUCCGUCGGGCAAUUUCUCAAUAUCUUUCAAGCUUCCUGGUCCCGUAAAUCCUCAACAGUUCACUGGUAAUUUUGGUACGGAUGCAAUUCUUGAAGGAAUUGUUAUGAAAGCGGAGCAAAACUGACAGCUAGCACAAGGUAAGGUAAGGUAAUUCAUGUAAAUUAGAGUUGGAAUGUAGUAGUUUAUCUUGAUUAGCAUGCAUGGCAUCAUCUUUUGGUGGAUGUAUCCUCAUCAAAUCUUGUAUUAGACACAACAAUUAGUGUUAUACUCAUCAGUGUAGCCCAGGGAAGAUUAUGUUAUUAUAAAUUUGUAGUGAUAAUGUUUUUUUUUUUU